UGUGUAUGUGUGUGUGUGUGGUCAGUCGGCCAGAUGUUGCCACAACAUCUCAGUGGUUAGCUCCGAUUGUAUGGGAGGAUACAUUUGACCUGACAGUGAUUGACGCCAUCUACAAACAACAGAAUAUCACCGUGGCAACCAUCGUCUUCGCUCUGGGCAAGUAUGUGCGUUUCCUGAAGGACCUCCUAGAGUCUGCGGAGCAGCACUUCAUGGUGGGCUACCGAGUGCAUUAUUACAUCAUUACAGAUCUCCCGGAUGAGGUUCCCGCAGUAACACUGGGUGAGGGGCGUCAGCUGACCGUGAUAAAAACAGCAACCUUGAACCGUUGGCAGGAAAUCUUGCUACGCAGGAUGGAGAUGAUUGAGAAUCUCAUCCAAUACGAACUCCUCAACAAGGCAGACUACAUUUUCAGCCUCGACGUCGACUCCAAAUUCUAUGCUCACUGGGGGGCGGAGUCUCUGGGUGACCUUGUCGGCGCGCUGCAUGCCUGGUUUUUUGGAAGUUCUCGGGAACAGUUCACGUAUGAGCGGCGUCCCGAAUCUCAGGCUUACAUCCCUUUAGACGAAGGAGACUAUUACUACAUAGGGGCCGUGAUCGGAGGACGCCCCGAAAAAGUGCUCAAGCUGGUGAAGACGUGCCGCAUGCAGCUGGAUGUGGACCGAGCCAAUAAGAUCGAAGCGGUUUGGCAGGAAGAGUCUCACCUGAAUAAGUACUUCCUGUACAACAAACCCACCAAGUUGCUCUCACCUGAAUACGUGUGGGAUGACCGAAAACAGAAACCCAGCUUCAUGAAAGUGGUGCGUUUCUCACAGGUGGUCAAGAACUACGCUGAGAUUCGACCCAACCCUUAAUGCACAGCAAUAUUGAAUAAAUGAA